AAAGUAAUUGUACAAUGGUAUCACUAGCCUGAAAAUUUGUUGUAAGAGUGCGCGGUUCAAAGACAAAACCUUGUAUUUUAACGAAUUUAGUUGUAAUAAAAGUAAAUAAUUUUAUAUGAUACAAUGUACAAUGAACCAUAAUUAUACUAUUGUGAAAUUUUUGGUCAUAUUAUCAUCUUGUCGUGUCAGGGUAUACAAGUGACAAAGUUGUUUCGGUGAGGUUAGAUAUUGCUAACGUUUUGUAAAAUAAAUGGAUUCGGCGCCUGCACAGGAGGUUACUGAGCUGUUGAAACAAUGGGAGGAACAGCACACGACGCCAAAUUACGACCCCAUCCCCACAUUGACGAGAAUAGCAGAAAUAAUAGAAGCGGAGACAGAGAACUUUAUGAAGAAGGAUCCGGACCCGUUCGAUGAGAGGCACCCGUCGCGCACGGACCCCGAGUGCGCGCUCGGACACGCGCUCAAGGUCAUGUUCAAAAAGGAUAACUUUAUGACUAAGUUGGUGAACGACUACGUCCGGGACACGUACUACUCGCGCCAGAACAUGACGGGGCGCGACGUCCACAAGCUGAACGUGGCCGCCUGCAGGCUGACCUUGGACCUGAUGCCAGGGCUGGAGAUGAGCGUCGUGUUCCAGGAUAACGAAGCAUUGAUACAUAGGCUAGUGAACUGGGCUACGAACUCGACGGAGCCGCUUCAGUGUUACGCGACGGGACUCCUAGCGGCCGCCAUGGAAGUGCAGGAGAUAGCUACCAACUUUAGGGACUUAAAUGCAAUGUUAGUACCAUUGAUGUUAAGGAGGCUACAUUUAUUAAGGAAUAAUGAUAGACAAAACAACCAAAACUCAGUGACCCCUCCGAACCAGACGCGACACUUCGCGCGCUUCGACAAGAAGCGGAGUAGUGAUAUCAAAAGCAACGGACCGACUAAUGAUAAGAAAGACCGUGACAAGGAUGAAGGCGGGGGGGGCGACAUGCUGGUAGACGAGACCCCCCCACACAACAGCCGCGACCCCGAGACCCCCGUCAAGCAUUACAACAGCCCGGCCCCCGCCUGGUCCCCGCCGCGCCGCCGCGGGUCCCCGCCGCGCGCGCACGAGACCUCCUCCAACUCCAGCUGGGCCGAGAUGGAGACCUACGUCAUAGGAAAUAUACAAAUCCACCCACCGACGGACGCAACGAAACAGAUGUUGAUACUGCGGUACUUAACGCCCAUGGGGGAGUAUCAGGAGUUCCUGUCGCACGUGUUCGAGCAGAACGCCCUGGGCCUGAUCCUGGGCUACCUGAACGUGCGAGAGUCGCGCGACUCGAGGCUCGCCUUCGAAGCCUUGAAGUACCUCGCCGCGUUGCUCUGCCAUAAGAAGUUCUCUAUCGAUUUCAUUAAUAUGGGUGGGUUGCAGAAGUUUCUAGAAGUCCCCCGGCCGUCGGUAGCGGCUACGGGCGUGUCGAUAUGUCUGUACUACCUGGCUUACUGCGAGGAUGCCAUGGAGAGGGUCUGCUUAUUGCCAAGGAGGACGCUAGCUGAUCUUGUCAAAUACGCGCUCUGGCUGUUGGAGUGUUCACACGACUCCGGCAGAUGUCACGCGACGAUGUUCUUCGGUCUCUCCUUUCAGUUCAGAGUCAUUUUAGAAGAAUUCGAUCAUCAGGACGGCCUCCGCAAGCUGUACAACGUGAUCUCGACGCUGCCCAUCCUGAGCGCGGACGAGGACGAGUCGCGCGUGACGGAGGACGAGACCUGCGCCGCCAGACAGAUCGUCAGGCAUGUCUGCGUGGCGCUCAGGAGGUAUCUAGAAGCGCACCUGCGACUGCGCGCGGCACAAGUCGCGCGUCAACACGGAGACAACGUGCCCGAACCGCCGCCAUAUAAGGCGUCGAAGUCGUCCCCGGAGGAGAUCCAGGAGCAGAUCGAGCUGCUGGCGGGCGUGGCGUGGUCCCGCUGGGCGCCCGUGGACGAGCUGCUGGAGCUGGGCGGCGUGGCGCUGCUGCUGCAGGUCGUGGGAUACGCAUACGAGUGGAACUUCAACGGCAGAUCGGAGACGGUCCGGUCAGCUCUGGACGUGGUCUCGGUGUGUUGCGUGGCGCCUCGCGUACAGUUACUAUUGACCGAGAAGAUUGACAUGAGAGACGCCGACUUGACCACAGGAGUCAACAUCGUGCUCGAUGUGUUGGCAGGGGCGGCGGACGGCGAGAUAGUACCGGAACCGGAAGUACAGAAGGCUGCUCUUAACGUACUCGUCAACUGUGUGUGCGCGCCUGUACAUAGGGCAGGAACAUCAACGACGAGGUUCUCGUUAACCGGGUCUAGUAAAAAGCGUACCGCUUUAAAGUCAUACGAAGAUGUUAUACAGAAAGUCUGGGAGAGCGUAAGAACGAACAACGGGAUUAUGGUACUGCUAUCACUGAUGAUGGUGAAGUCCCCCAUAACAGACGCGGACCGGCUGCGGGGGCUCGCGUGUCGGGCCCUCGCGGGGCUCGCGCGAUGUCCCACCGUGAGGCAGAUCAUAUCUAAACUGCCUCUCUUCACCACGUCGCAGAUACAAGUGUUGAUGCGCGACCCGAUCCUACAAGAGAAGCGGCAAGAGCACGUCAUGUUCCAGAAGUACGCGCUCGAGCUGUUGGAGCGGGUCUCGGGCAAGAGCAAGCAUAUGGGGGCUGAGUUCGAGACGUCGCUCGCUAAUAUACAUCGGGCGAACGUGGUAGCCCAGACGCGCAUCAACUACAACGAGCGCCAGCUCCUGCAGCUGGUGGCGGCGCACCUGGCGGCGCGCGGGCUCACGGCCAGCGCGGCCACCCUCCAGCGCGAGGCCAAGCUGCCGCCGCCCGCCCUGCCCGCGCCCCCGCCGCCGCCGCCGCCGCCCGUCUACACGCCCUCCACACCCACCCGGCCUCGCCUGUCAGUCUCGCGCGCGAACAGCAGCGGCUCCCUCCACCGAGAGAGCCUCGACCUGAACAGCUCGCACAACGCGAUGCACGUCGACGAGUCCAGCCCGCUGCCGCCUGUUAUCAAGUUAAGAAAAGUCCAAAACCCAGUCCAGAUAUCAACGCCGACAUCGGAACACAAGCGCUCGCUACAGAAGCAGCUCAGCUCUACAGCCGGCGAACCCUCACCCAGCCAGCAUCGGGUCACGUUACACACCAUCAUCACCGAGUACCUCUAUAACCAGCACGCGCUAUGCAAGAACCCCGUCGUCACCUGUCCACAGUUCAACUUGUUCGAGCCUCACAAGUGCCCGUCCCCGCGCGCGGGCGGCGGCGCGCUCCUCUCCCGCCUGGGCGACGCCAACGUGGUGUCGCGCGUGGCGCGGCGCGAGCUGGGGCUGCGCGCGCCGCACGCCCGCCAGCACGCGCGCCUCGCGCACGCGCACUUCGCGCCCGUGCGCACGCUCCGGCUGCAGGACGACGACGCCUACUUCACGCAUACUAUAUUCCAUCCAACGCAACAACAGCUCUUGGCGGCGACGUCGUCAGGCGAUAUUAGGAUAUUCAACUUAUUUAGCGGAGUCGAAGAGAAUUCUUAUCAAGUACACGAAUCCUAUAUAUAUCAUAUGCAGGCAAGCAGAGACGGGUUAUUACUACUAGCGUCGGCAACGACCCCGUGGCGUCCUCUCUCCGCGCUCUGGAAUAUGAAAGAGUUUGAAUUGUUAUUCCAAUUAGACAACGAGGAGUACGUUGAAUUCUCCAAGAUGACAGACGAACGCAUCAUAGGCACCAAGGGCGAGACGGCGACCAUCUUCGACACGCGCACCGGCCGCGAGCUGAUGACCCUGACCCCGGCCAUCAGCAACCAGUACGCCAAGAACAGGGCCACCUUCAACCCCACGGAUGAGCUGGUGUUGUCCGAUGGUGUGCUAUGGGACGUGAACACGGGUAAGGAGAUACACAAGUUCGACAAGCUGAAUCAAACGCACAGCGGCGUCUUCCAUCCGAACGGGCUAGAGGUAAUAUCAAAUACGGAAGUAUGGGAUCUAAGAACAUUCCACCUGUUGAGAACUGUGCCAACUCUGGAUAAAUCUGAGGUGUUGUUCAACCCGUCGUGUACUGCCCUAUACGCGGUCUGCUCCGACCAGGACUCGGAGGAGCGCAACCAGUUCGACACCAGCUUCAAGACUUUAGACCCUUACGACUAUUCUAGUAUAGCGACAAUAGACGUGAAACGUAACAUAUACGCUCUGGGCGUGUCUCGCUACGGAACCCAGAUCUCCGUCGUUGAGAACAUGGGCGACUUCGAACAGAUGCAGGAGUCCUGCGUCAAGGUGUACGACGUCGGACGGAAGAGGGACCACGACGACGACGCGGAGGAGGACGAAGAGGAGGAGCUAGCUGGAGGUUCUGAAAACGAUGACGGUUCAGAUUCCGGCUCCGAAGCGGACGACGAUUCAGUGGCUUCGUCUCUCCUGCGCAACGCCGUCAUGGGGCUGGACGGCGCCUCGUCCGCCAGCUCCGACAGGAACGACGAGCCGCGGCCGCGGAGGGCGAGGCGGAGGAGGAGGACGCCGGCGCAGGAAGGCAACAGUGACGACAGUGACGCUGACGCAGUCGCGGACCUAGAUAUUGAUGAUAUUAUAGAAUUCGAGCUCGACUAACAAUAAUACAAUAAAACAGUUGAUCAGUUUUCUAUAA